GCAACAAAUAGCGCCCUUUCCGCGAGCGCGUGCCCGGAGAUAUUGCCUUUUUUCGCUAGCCAUUUUGAUCUGAUACGUUCGCAGCAGCGGCGUCAGGGACUGGAGAUCUCGAUAGACUGAGUGCCCGCUCGAUAGAUUGAGUGCCCGCUCCCUCCUCUAUAGUGGGGGAAGAUGCUGCUCCGCGCAAUUCCCCCGAUCUCCCCAACAGCGCCGGGGACUCGUGCGGCUUGCGCGCACGGGGACGAUGGCGCGUGCCGCUCGACGCACGCUCUCCCGCAUUUGCCGGCUCCGCGCAAAGCCGGGAGCUUCGCACACCCUCAGAACUUCACGCUCGCGCGCUCAGUGCGCAGCGUGAAGCAACCGCGAGAACAAUUUCCACGUGUCGCUGCCACGCGAGCUGCUGACGUGGACGCGACGCCAAGCGACGACGGCAGCAAUAACAGCAGCAGCAGGCGGGAAGGGUAUGAGGAGGAGGAACAGGGAGUACAGGGGGGAGCAGUAAGGACUACUGGUGAGCUGUACGCGGCUGAGUACGACACGGUAUUGGCACAACUAGAUUCUCUCCCCCCAAGUGAAGCCACCCGGUUUAAUCGCGUCCUCCACAUUCUGUCGGUCAAAUACCCCAGACGCCACGUCAGCAUGGGCUCUAUCGCGAGUCAGAAUCUUCUGUUCCUCGUCCACCUAUCAGGAGGCGCCCUUUCGGAUAAGCAGCUUCUAACUAUUUUUUUUAGGAACCCCUCGCUUUUCCAGACAGAUUUUUACUCCCUCACCAGCCAGAAGACGGCUUUAUUUAAUGAGUACGGAAUCUCGUCGCUUAGUCUUCUACGCGCCGCGACUCGCGCGUGCGUCUUCUCGGUCUCGGAGGAAACCCUCGCAGCGGCUUUGCACUUUUUACGGCACGAUUUAGGGGUUAAGAGAAUAGACAAGGUCGUCCAGAGUUUUCCGUUCGUUUUGAACCUGACCGUACCGACCCUAAAAGAGAAGGUUCGGCAACUGGAGCUCGCAGGUUUGGCACCGGUUGCGGAUAUUAUCGAAACUUCCCCUUUCGUUUUGGGGGGUAGAGCGUCAGAGAUCCAGCGGAAGGUACUUCUGAUCCAGUCGAUCCUGGGUGAUUAUAACGGGGAUAAACUGUACUAUCUGCGGCGGUACCCGCAGCUGCUUUUAGUGAAGCACGAGACGACGGAAGCGACUUAUAAAGGGAUGGUGGAGUAUUUUGGCGAGGAACAAGCGCGCCGAUUCUUGUUGCGUCAGCCGCUGCUGCUGGGGCAAAAUUGGGACAGCAUGGUUGUGACUCUAACGAAUCUGAUUAAAUCGUUUGGGCGGGAGGACGCGGUUCGGAUGAUGAAUCAGAUGCCGUUGAUAAUCGCGUUCGCGUGGGAGACGCUAGAAUCGAAGAUUCGAUUCGUUGUGGAGGAUAUGGGGCGGGGGCUUGCCGACGUGGCGAUGUGGCCGGCGCUGCUGACGCGGAGUGUGGAUAAGAGGCUCCGUCCUCGUUACAAGCUGCUGCUGGAAGCGGGUAAGGCGCACAAGUAUGGGCUUGGGUACAUGUUCGGGUGCAAAGAUGUGGAUUUCGAGAGGAGGUUCGGCCUGAAGCUGGCUCAAAACCGAGGGGAGGAGGAAGAGGAGGGGAGGAAGGAGGGGGGAGUGGAGGGGGAGGAUGAGGAGGUGGAGGGAGGCGGGCAAGAGGAAGGCAAGGGGGCUCUGGAGACAGCUGGUUCACGAAGUGCUACCAUGAAGCAAACUCCUGGGGGGGAGGGGGAGAGAUGAGGGAAGAGAGGAGAGGUUGAGGCAAAAACUUGCAGAGACUAUUGGGCCGAGGUGCUCUACCGAGGUUGUGGAAAUACACCCUUAGGGUGACUGGUUGGUGGAUGCUAGGCAUGGUGAUUGGUUUGUAGAUGGGUUAGGCCCAUCCAAUAGAUUUGGUCCGUAGCUCCGGCUCAUCCCCAUUAUUGUUAGCUGCGUUUCAGAACUCUGUUUCCGAGCAUCAGUGCAAAAAUAACGAGU